CUAAAUCCUCUAUAUAUACCCCAGAAAUGCAAUCAAGCUUCAUAUAACAAUUUCAUUCGAUUAACAAUCGAAGAACAUACAGCACUUGAAAAUGGAGUCACGUUUCAACAUUGCAGUCGCAACGGCGUCGUUUUUAAUAAUUCUUGCUGCAGCAACAAUUAGUGCAGACGAAAAUCAGUCGGCGAUCUGCAAUGCGCCUGUGGCUCAGCUUCUUACAUGUGCGCCGGCGGUGACAAAAGGUCCGAAUCCGCCAAUGCCGUCGCCGGACUGCUGCAAGGCGCUCUCCGUCGCCGAUCUCAAGUGCAUUUGCAAGUACUUGAACGAUCCUCGUUUGCCGCCUCAGAUCGACCGCGGCCUCGCCAAGCAAGUCCCCGGAAAGUGCAAGCUCACGAUGCCGCCGUGCUGA